GCAGUGGCGGAGGAUGGGUUGGAAAGUGGAGCAGCAGUAGACAUGCAGGGAGCACAAAGAGAGUUAGGCCACACUGCACGUGGCGCGGAUUCGCUGACUAGCUGCUGCUGUCCUGGCGAUGCAGGCACAGUGGCAGUUAUUCCCAGUGGAGCUCACCCUGUUGCACGAGCACCGGAAGUCUCCGGUUCGAGCAAAAGCACCAUGCCUUUAACCCAAAGGCCGGGGAUCCGACAUCACAGAUUUGCUCUUACAGUGCCUUUCCCGACCUCUUUGGAGGCAGAAAUUGCCUGUGGGUCCCUAGCUCCUGAUGCCGAACCGCACCAAGGACUGUUGGGGAAGGAGCUUAAAGUGAGCGGCUGCGUGCUGGAAGUACACUGGAUCUCAGAAGACUCUCGCCUCCUCCGAAUUUCCAUCAUGAACUUUCUUGACCAGCUUUCCCUAGUGGUGAACACCAUACAGCGCUUUGGGCCCCCAGUUUCUCGUUAAGCCUGGCUAGGAGAAGGCGCUCAGGUUUGACCUUAUGUCCGGUCCCUCCUAAGCAGUACAAGCAAGAGAUUCCAAAAACAGUAGCUGCUACUUAAAUGUGAGGCCUAAUAUUUUUUGCCUGACUUGGUCUUCAGGUACUUAGGGGCCACUUGUUUAGUCUGGUGCUUAAAUGUUUGUUGCUGAAGAAAAUAAAGCUGUGC